AUGAUUUAUUUCCCAAAAGAUAUUCGUGACGAUUUUCAAUGGAUUGAAAAUCCUUUUACUGUUUCUAUUGAAGAGUUGAACUUCAAUACGCUUCUUGAAACUCAGAUUAUCGAUCUUUCUUGUGAUAAAACUUAUGAACAUAAAUUUAAAAAUGAAACUCUUGUAGAUUUUUGGUGUGCAGUAUAUAAUGAAUAUCCAGAACUUUCAAUUAAUGCAAUAAUAAAACUAUUACUUUUUCCUACCACUUAUUUGUGCGAAAAAGGACUUUCUACCAUGGCCAAUAUUAAAACAAAACAAAGAAACAGAUUAGAUGUCACACAUGACAUGCGCAUCAGUUUAUCUGAAAUUGUACCCCAGUGGGAAAUUUUUUGCAACAGUGUCCAAAAUCAGAAUUCACACUAA